UCUGAAGCCGCAGGACGUCGCAGCGCUACUUCCGCAGCUUGAGCUUCUUGAAAUGAAGUUUCUAGGUUGGUAUGUGAAGAUUGGGACAGUGUCAGCUUUGAUUGGAGCUUCCAUGGAAAUGUUCAUGAUUAAAACGGGCUUCUACGAUAAAGUAACAGUACUGGAGUCGGAGAAGCUGGCUUGGGAAAACUCGCCUGAGGCUCAAGCAAUUAGAGAAGCCCUCAAUCCUUGGAGGAACAUUGAUGCUGCUGCAGAGGCCAGGAAAGACACCUAAUGCUUCAACUGCUGACUGGAGGUAGCUGGUUUGCAAGGUAGAGAAAAUAAUUACGGGGGAAUCGGACUGAAAGAUGUGCAAGCACAGGCUUUUAAGUUUCAACUAAUAAGAGGAGGGAUUUUAGAAAGGUGUUUCUUUAUGACAUUGGAGGUUUACUUAUGAUUGAUUCCAUAUUGAAAUUGAAUGAUAUCACCAAGCUGAAGGUCUGAUAAUUAUAUUCAUUAGCAAGCUCUGCUUUUCUUUUGGUAGAAAUAUGACAGAUUUUCUAUUUUCAUAUAGUCUGAAACCAUAAUAGAGAAUCAUAAUCCUAUAUUCUGGAUGCCA